CACCUCCAGCUCCAGACCUCCUGAAGAAUCCUGAUGCCUCACGCGCCGCCGCCAGCACGGGAGGUAGCCGUUGCCAUGGCAUCGGGCGCCAUCAGCAUCAGGGGAGGAGGCCGGUGGCCGAAGCAAAGCAACUCCGCCUACUGCUGCCUCCUACCCCCGUAGGCCCGUACGCACCCACUGCGCGAGCGCGGGAUGGAAUCUGAAGGGUGGCCGCGCGCGGGAGGCAACCGAGAGGCGCGGCGGGCACGCCGAUUCCUUCCUUGCCGCCGCGGCCGCUCGGGCGUCGGCAGUCGCGUGCGCCCGCCGCUUUAACCGCGUGCGCGCGGGGCUUUGUCUUCGCUAGCCGGUAGCAUCAGAGUUCAGAAGCGGCAGCUGUUGGAAGAAGAGGAGCCAUGGGGGAGGAGGAGGCGGCAGCGGCGAAGCUCGCGUUCACGCCCACAUGGGUGCUGGCCAUCGUAUGCCUCGUCAUCGUCUCCAUCUCCCUCGCCGCCGAGCGCUUCCUCCACUACCUCGGCAAGUGUCUGAAGCAUAAGAAGCAGAAAGCACUGUUUUCAGCUCUACAGAGACUAAAAGAAGAGCUAAUGCUUCUCGGAUUCAUUUCUUUUGUCCUGAGUCUCUCCCAAGGUUUCAUUACUAGCAUUUGCAUUCCAGAAACUUCUACUGGCAUCAUGCUUCCAUGCAAGAGAGACAACCACAUAGUUGCAGAAGGUGCCAAAAUUUGCAAGAAAAAGGGUGAUGUUCCCUUGCUAUCAUUGGAGGCAUUACAUCAGCUGCACAUUUUCAUAUUUGUACUUGGUUUAGUCCAUGUUGUAUUCUGCGCUGCAACAAUAUUAUUUGGUGGGGCCAAGAUGAGAAAGUGGAAGCAUUGGGAAACAGAAAUUCACAGAGAAGUACAGAAGAAAUUACAGCAAGCAAACAGUGAAGGAAAAGGCACACCAUCGAGUAUUGUUGUGCUACAUCGAAGCCAUCAAGAUGAAUUUGUCCGUGAGCGGGCAAAGGGAUCUUGGAUGAAACUGGCUGUUGUAAGCUGGAUAACUGCAUUCUUGAAGCAAUUUCACGAUUCUGUGAGUAAAUCAGAUUAUGAAGCACUUAGAUCAGCUUUUAUCGUGAUGCACUACCCGCAGAAACCAGAUUUUGAUUUCCACAAAUACAUGAUUCGCGCUGUCGAACAUGAGUUUAAAAGAGUUGUUGGUAUCAGCUGGUAUCUGUGGCUUUUUGUCAUCGUCUUCCUGUUGCUGAAUAUAAAUGGAUGGCACACAUACUUCUGGUUAGCUUUCUUGCCUCUAUUUCUCUUACUUAUUGUUGGUGCCAAACUAGAGCACAUUAUCACUCGGUUGGCUCAAGAGGCAGCGGCAUCAUUAUCAAAAGAUACAGAGGAAGCUCCAAAAAUAAAGCCAUCCAAGGGCCAUUUCUGGUUCCACAAGCCUGAACUAGUCCUUCAUAUGAUCCAUUUCAUCCUGUUCCAGAAUUCGUUCGAGAUUGGUUUUUUCUUCUGGGUUCUGGUAUCAGAAGGGUUCGGUUCGUGCAUGAUUGAACAGAAGCCUUAUGCCAUUUCCAGACUUGUUAUCGGGGUGAUCAUCGAAGUCAUCUGCAGCUAUAUCACGCUGCCACUAUACACCAUCGUCACCAAUAUGACCGGAGAGAUCAAGCUGCAUGGUUUAGGCUCCGGCGUGCACGAGAGUGUCCACGGCUGGCUCGCCGUGAGGAAGAAACCCUUCUCGAAGAGGACCAGCGGUGGCCCCGACGCUGAUUUCGGCGGGGACGUCGAGGCAACCCGCCUGGCGUCCAAGGAUCUGUCGGGGAGCUCGAGCAACAAGCUGAUGGCGUCGGUGCCUCCCUUUCUGGACGAGAUCGUCACCGUGGAUGACGUUGUGGUGGCUACGACAUCCGUAGUAGGCCAAGGACCAUAAGGGUGUGUUUGGUUUACGUUUUCGACUUGGGUUGGCUAGCCAACUAAGUCAGGGUACCCUAAGCCUGGCUCUUCUAAUGCAAGAGGCGGUUGUUUAGUUCACUUGCCUUAGCUAAGCUUGGAUUGCUUUGAUCAUGUUUGGUUAUUUGGUCAGCUUAAUACAGUCACCUCUUUCUUGUUUUGGUA